AUGGCGAUGGGUAAAUCUUUCAACGUGGUUAUUUUUGGAGAAUCGGGUGUUGGCAAAAGUUCACUAAUCAAUCUGCUAUUUAAUAAAGAUAUAGCUGAAACAUCUGAUGCCGCUCUUGGCUGUACAUUUGAAUCGAAACUUUAUCGUGGUGACCGAGAAGGACAUUCGUUCAAUAUUUAUGAUACGACUGGCUUAAAUGAAUCUGAAAAAGGUCUAGUGAAACCCGAAGUUGCUGUAGGAAAUCUAAUGAAGUUAAUUAAUAGCUUAACAGAUGGUAUUCAUCUAUUGAUCAUGUGUAUGAAAAAAGGAAGAAUUAAUAAUGCCGUUUCAAACAAUUAUCAAUUAUUUUAUGAUGGUAUAUUCGAAGCAAGUGUACCGAUUCUUUUGGUAGUAACCCAAUGUGAAUUAGAUGAUCCAAUUGAUUCGUGGAAAAUUCAUAAUCAAGCUCUGCUGAGAUCACAAUUUAAAAUGAAUUUUCAUGAUAUUAUUUGUGUUACUACGUUGAAUAAAGGCAAACAUGCUUCGAAGUUCAAAGAAGAGUAUACUUUGUCCAGAGAAGCAUUAGGUGCUGCUAUUGCUCAACAUUCAUUGAAGCAACCUUGGGUUAUCAAAAAUUUUAUGGAUUUCUUAAUGGUUCUUCUGAAACGGAUUUGGAAUAUUAUUGCGAGUUACUGUAGUUUUCAAAAACUACCAUUAAGUAAUCUAAUAUAUAGUAUAUUUCAAAAGCUAGGAUUUAGUGAUAGAGAAGCAACCGACAAAGCCAAUACACUACUUGAUGAAUUAAAACAUAAUCAUAUGUCGAUCAAAAUUAUUGAUGUCGAUGGUACUGAGGAAGGAAGCACAGAAUAA